GGAGCAAAUGCAAUACAACAACAUCACAAAGACAUCCCCCAGAGACAAACGCACAAGACAAUAUGGUACUCCCCAAGCACACAGGAUUACUCAAGACAAGACAUGGGGAGGUACCAAAUUGGCACAAACAUGAUGUUCAUUCAAGAGGAUAAAACAUCAUCGACCCAGAUCAACAAAGUGGCAGGUGCACCUCACAAAUCCAUCAGAGGGGACAGAACAUACUUUGAAAAUGAAGAGCAAUUGCUGGCGUGCUUCAGCUUGCCGCAAAAAGAACAUGGGACAUGCAGAACAAUAAGAGCACAGACAAAUAAAGAGCCCAGGAGAAGAAUUUAG